ACUAAAACUUUCCCACAGAUGAAACAUGAAGAGGUAGAAGCAGAAUACAAUGUCUCCACAAUGGUCCAGUUUGUCCUGCUGGGAUUUUCUGAACUUCCAAACCUCCAGGGGUUUCUAUUUGGGGUGUUCUCCAUCAUUUACAUGGUUGUCCUCAUUGGGAACAGCCUCAUAAUCAUAAUAACCAGUUUUGACCCUGCGCUGCAAAAACCCAUGUAUUUUUUCCUGGCACAUUUUUCUUCACUGGAAAUCUGUUAUGUUUCAGUCACUCUCCCCAGGAUUCUGUUCAGCCUUUGGACUCAGGAUAGGAGCAUCUCCUUACUGGGCUGUGCCACCCAAUUGUGCUUCUUCCUUGUGCUCGGAGCAACAGAGUGUUUCCUCCUGACUGUGAUGUCCUAUGACUGCUAUGUGGUCAUCUGCAACCCUCUUCACUAUCCCUUAGUCCUGAACCCAAAGAAUUGCCAUCAACUGGCAGCUGGCUCCUGGCUUGGGGGAAUGCCAGUCCAGGUAGGGCAAAUGUGGCAGAUAUUCUCUCUGCAAUUUUGUCAUUCUAACCAAAUCAACCACUUCUUCUGCGACAUACCCCCCAUUCUCAAGCUAGCUUGUGGGGACACCUCUGCACAUGAGGUGUCUGUCUGUGUCAUGGUUAUGUUGUUUGCUGUAGUCCCUUUUAUGUUGAUACUUGCUUCUUAUAGUAAAAUUGUUCUUACUAUUGUGAGGUUGCCCACAGCCCAAGGACGCGCUAAGGCAUUCUCCACUUGCUCCUCACACCUACUGGUUGUGGUUUUAUUUUUUGGAUCAGCAUCCAUUACUUACCUUAGGCCCAAAUCCAACCAUUCUGGAGGAACUGACAAACUGCUCUCUCUUUUCUACACCAUAGUGACUCCAAUGUUUAAUCCCAUGAUAUACAGCCUUAGGAAUAAGGAUGUGAUUGCUGCAUUGAAUAGAUUGUUGCUUAAAUGA